AUGGAGCUCCCCUGGGCUCAGAUAUGUCCCCAAGGGAGUCGCCAAGCCCCCAGCCCAAACUUCAACGCCCUCCUGCCCAUGGACGUGACCCACAGGAGGGGCCAGGGCCUGGACCCGAUGCUGCGGCCCAGAUGCCAGGUCCUGGUAGCUGAGGAGACCCAGCCCAGCCCCAGGGUUCUGGCUGUGAAAGCUUUGGUGUUUCCCCAGGCCCAGGGGGCCGCCUCCAGUCCAGAGGGUAUUGGGAAGGCUGAGGAGGUGCCUGGCGAAGGAAGCCUGACCUUGCAGGCUGAGACUCGGAUUUGGUUCCAGAAAACCCAGGCCCACUGUAUCCUGCAGCGCGGGGCAGCCCCUGCCUGGUUCCAUGGCUUCAUCACCCGGAGGGAGGCUGAGAGACUGCUAGAGAGCAAGCCUCAGGGAUGCUACCUGGUGAGGUUCAGCGAGAGCGCUGUGACCUUCGUGCUGACCUACAGAAGCCGGACUUGCUGCAGGCACUUUCUGCUGGCUCAGCUGGAGGACGGGCGCCACGUGGUGCUGGGCGAGGACAGCGCUCACAGGCGGCUGCAGGACCUGCUGCGACACUACACAGCGUGCCCGCUCAACCCCUACGGGGAAAAGCUCACCGAGCCCUGCUCCCGCCAGACUCCUGAGCCCGCAGGACUUUGCUUGAGAACUGAAGAAACAGACUCUGGAAGCAAACUCCAGGACCCAGGUCGCCAAUAUAGUGCAAUCCGCAAACAGGGACAAGCCCCUACCCCGCUGCAGAAAGAGGGGGCCCAGGAGUCCAAGGAGGCCUCCCAGCCGCCCAGGCCUAAGCUCCCCAUUCCAGCCAAACCUCAGCUGUCCCCCGAAGUCACUGCAAACUCGGCUCCGCGCCCGCGCCCGGCCCCGCCCCCGAAGCCCUCCAAUCCCAUCUACCAUGAGCCAGACGAGCCCAUCGCCUUCUACGCCAUGGGCCGGGGCAGCCCUGGGGAGGCCCCGAGCAACAUCUACGCGGAGGUGGCGGUGCCCCCCGAGCGUGAGGAGCCGCGGUCCACCUGGAGGCACCAGGUCCUACGGAAAUGCCGCUCCAGGCCUAACCUAAGGAGCCAGAAUCCAGGUGGUCCGCAGUUGCAUUCUGAGGACUUUGUAACUGGACAAGGCCCUGCCCUUCCUCACCAGCCCCGACCGCCCUGGGUACACACUCUCCCUCCCAACUUGUCUAGACAGGUGCUCCAGGACCAGGGACAGGCAUGGCUUCCCUUGGGACCUCCUCAGUAA